AUGAGUAUUAUAAAAAUUUCAACUAUAUUUAACUUGAUGUUUAAAACAACCAAAUAUCAGCCAACAUUACUUACUAGACCAUGUUCAACAAAUGUUAAAUCAGAAACCCCAGUUACAAGUACAUCAGGGGGUUAUGCCCAAGCUUUCCAGAAAUUUGAAACUAUUAAAAAUCCUGAAGAUAAAACACCACAAACAUUUGCUUCUUUAUUAAGAAAUUCAAGACUUAUUGAUUUGGGAGAUCCAGAAGGCAAAGUAGUAACAGGAAAAAUUUUUCACAUUGUAGACGAUGAUUUAUAUAUAGAUUUUGGAUGGAAAUUUCACUGUGUGUGCCCUAGGCCUAAAAAGAAUGGCAGUAAUUACAUUAGAGGAUCCAAAGUACGGCUGCUAAUUAAAGAUUUGGAGUUAUCUUCAAAGUUCUUAGGAUUUGAAAAGGAUUUAACGUUAUUGGAGGCUGAUUGUCAUAUACUAGGACUCAUACAAGAAAGAAGCUUAAAUCUACAAGAUAACAAAAACUAA